CAGUACCCCACAGUACUGUGAAUAGUUUGAGUGUCGGAAACAACACAUUUUAAAGUGUAAAUUAAAUAUUUAAUUGUAUUUUUAAGUGUAUGUUAAUUGUUAGCAGGGUUUUAUAGCAACUAUGGAUAAACCGGAAGUACGGACCAGAUUUAUGCAAAACAUGGGCCAAUUCCUACCACUCGUCUCAUUGAGUCCAUUGUUUAUGACACUAUUGGAAAACCAUACCUGUGCUCAUAACCUAAUCAGGACACUACAAGGCAUUACCGAUAUAACCGCGAAAAAGGUGUUCAUAUUUACUGAAUUUAACCGGGAUCGUAAUGCGUGCAAUGAGCUGGUUGACUUUCUCAGAAGGUCCGACCAACCUGACGCCGCCCGGGAGCUGGAGCUCUACAAUCAGUCGACAGCACCUCUCGUAUACUCACAGGAUGUUAGGCUAACCGUUAAGAAGGCCCACACCUUCCGGUCAGGCAACACCCGUUGGUUCGUUAUGGACGGCGCCCCCAGGGGUCAGGUGUUGUUGUUUUUGCAGGAGCCUGACUUGCAAAAUGAGGCAGAUCGUUUUGAUGACCUCUUCCAGAAGCUAUACUUCUCUGUCAAUAUCUAUAGAAAUUCUUCGUGCGAUCAGAUUGUGGACACUCUUAAGACUGCCUCCGAAGGGGAGUUCAAAAAAGAUGCGCUGAUUGUGAUGUUCAUAGGCCAUGGUCGCGAUCAGAUGGUCCAGGGUAACGGUCCCAGCGAUGAAAUACACAUCAAAAAGCUGGUCGACUUGUUUUCUGAGAAUAAAUGCCAUGAUACUCUUAAACCGAAGCCCAAAAUCUUUGUGUUUAAUUGCUGCAGAUUCUACACUGGUGUCAAUCCGCAAGAACCAGUGGUGGAUAGGGAGUGGAUGGAUGGCACCACUCGCACCUUCAUAUGCUAUGCCUGUGCCGAUGGUACUGAUUCCUUUUAUACCGGCAAUGGAUAUACAUUAUAUGGACAGGCACUCAGCCACUGUAUUGCCGAAUACGCACACGACUUGAAUUUGACACAAAUAUUUCACAAGACGUGCGAUGAGAUGAACAGGGAAAUUAUACAACAACGUCCGGAGCUGAUUAUGAAAAACGUGGACAGGGACUUGUAUUUUAACCCCGGUCUCUAUAAAGACAAAUAA